GAGACCGAACUGGCGGUCUUCGUUGACAUCGGCCGAUUCUCGACGAUAAAAAAAGAAAUAACUGUCUCGCGACGUGAAUAAAGACGAGGACCGAGGACCGAUCACGUCCACCUCGUCAAUGCUCGUCGUUCGCGAACGCACUAUCGCAUGUAGAAUAGAAACAUUCUCGCGUGUCAUCCCGGGACACACUAUCGUCGUGUCCACGUCCUGGCACCGAAGAUCACGAAGACGCCGAGAGACCGGAAGCGCAUCGUCCACGUCGUCAUCGGCCAUAACCGGAUGCUGCAGCACGAAGUUGGAAACGAAGCGAAGAUCGAGUCGCCCGAAAGGAGACGAUCGUCGAAAUUGGAGCCGCACGCUUCCAUCCUCCGAUUAUUACCCUAACUGAAUCCUCGGACAGACGAACGGACGUCCCGUCGAACGGGAAUACGCUCGUUGACCGGAUCACCCAUUGCGGGCUGAUAUGAGCGUAAAAACGCGCGAGGAAGACGAGGGAAACGGUCACGAGGCGUGACGAAGAGAGCAUGAGAUAUUAAAGAUCCGGUAAUAAUUGGAUUCUCUCGGGGAACGAACACUGCCGAGAAAGAGAGAGAGAGAAAAAGACACGGAGAUUGUAUAAUUUAAUCGCACAAAGCGAUCGCGCGAAAACGGAAGGAAAGAUCGAGACAGAAGGAGAAAGAAAGAGAGGAAGAAGUGACCAUACUGACGAGACACUAAAGAGACGACACUGACUCGGGACGAUCUUGCGGUGACAACAACGAGGAAGAGAAGGAGAACGGGGUACGGGUUCGCGCAUUACGGGUUUCUCGUAUAAUGUCACGGGACCCAUACUCGAGCAGUGGCGUGGUAGGUCCCGGUGGUGGCACACGCUCACCACGCAGCGGUCGUCGCGUAGGCGAACUGCCAACCGUCGACCGUAGUCCGUCGCGUAGUUAUGCGAGCGGUCGCGGUAGUCCUUUGGGGGGUCGCAAGCAACGGGGCACACGCAGCGGCAACAAUUCGCCUGAGCACAUCGGCUUUGGCAGCUACCAUCACCAUCAGCUGGGCAGCCCGUACUACUCCCGCGACGAGGACCUCGGCAGUCCCGUGAUGCUCGAGGAGAGGGGCAGGAGUAUGUCGACCGGGGGCGGUGGGGGCGGACAUCACCGAUCCAGAAGCGCCUCGAGACCCGCCAUGUCCAGCUCGGCGGGCAUGGUAGCGCGUUACACCAGCCUCGAUCGUGCCUCCGCCGGCGUACUCGAUCAUGAUCGCGAAUUCGUGCCUAUACGCGAGCCGAGUCGCGAGCGUAGCCGCGAUCGCGGCCUGUACCUCGAGGAUGAGCUCUACGGCUCCAGGUCGGCCCGCCAGAGCCCGAAUCCGCACAUGCUACGUGACAGCGGCGGCUACAUUGGCGAGCUUCAACAUCAGAAUAACGAUCUGCAACGGGAGCUUGGCAACCUGAAGAAGGAACUCGAGCUGACGAAUCAAAAGCUUGGCAGCUCGAUGCACAGCAUCAAGACGUUUUGGAGCCCGGAAUUGAAGAAGGAACGAGCGCUGCGCAAAGAGGAAAGCACCAAGUACAGUCUCAUCAAUGAGCAACUCAAGAUGCUUAACUCGGAGAAUCAGGUCAGUCGAGACUCUGCUAAUUCUAAUCUGCGACUCGGUCGAUCCGCGCGGUUUUAGCUUCGCGAGUGCGUGUGUCGUCUAUCUCCCCCUCUCUCUCUGUAUGCGUAUCGCCGUUCGAUUAUCGGAUUCCGUUGGUCUUGCACGGAUACAAGCUACAUAUAUUAGCCCUCGAAGAGCCGUUGCGGUUGAAAUGUCGCGAA